AUGUCAAAUAUGAAGGUUGAUGAAUCCACGACUUUUCACAUCCUGAAGGAUCUUGUCAAUGGAAGGGUGCUGGAUGAUGCAGUUGGGCAGUUGCCGGAGAUCGCUGGAUGGUUGGAAGAGCGUGGAGGGGUGCUGGAGGGUGUACAUGGCUAUGAUUGGAGUAGGGUAGUGCUGGAUAGUGCGGUUAGGGCUGGCCACCGCAACCGUAUUUACAGGACUUACCGGCGGUAUGAUACGGUAACCAUAACCGUACCAUCAGCACUUCAGCCUCGAGCUGGUAUUGAGGAUGACAGAGGACGAAGGAUGUUGAUGACGAGUCUUCCAUCUACAAAUGUAGGCGGGCUGUGCUCCAUGAGACCGAGAGCGACUUGCCAGGGUUCACUCCCCACACCACGAGUUGAGAGAGAGCUGGAGGAGGGAGAAGAGAAGAAAGUGAGCAAUCAUAUACGUCCUGCAAAAAAUGCGCUGAAUGCAACUUUACCAUUGACCUCGUGGACGUCAAUGUCAUCUGCGGGUGUGGAACCUAGAACGAGGGCGUCUAGAUAUUGUGCGUCAGGCCAACAACACAGAAGCAGGGAGGAUGUUGGUGCGGCGGUUGAGAAUGGCCCAGUAGAUGGGAGUGUGUCCCUCAAAGUGACCUGCACUGUGCCGUUGAACUUAGCGGUUGCCAAUGAAGUAUUCGCCACUAAAGAUCUCGCCCAGCAGCAGCUGUGGCAGAUGCGCCAGUGGGGGCAAACUCGAAUUUUGGGUUUGUUGCUGGGCAGGCAAGACAAACUCUAUAAGCUCGUCCUGGGUCUCGACGGUGUUCACAAAUUGUAUUGCAGCCUCGAAAUCUUCGUCCAGACAUAG